GGAAUACUCAUCCAGACAGCUGGAGUUCGCAAUUGAUACAGGGGGUGUAGAUCUCUUUUGAAAUCUUAGGAAUAUGGCUGCCGAGACUAUAUUUCUGUAAGAAAUGCCUUGGAGAUCGCUGUGAUGCGUGAACAUGUCUCCCUGGUGAAAGGGAUAUUUGACCUUGGUAUCGAACUAGAUGACGAGGAAUUCGACCUUGUAUACAUCUUGGUAGGAAAGCCUUCGAUGCUAGAACUAUAUCUGAGUCGGAGACACGAGUGUCUGUCACAUCCAUCUCGCCGACUACACAGCCAUGCACUGAUGACGGCCGUUAUUACGUACCCAGAAUCUACAAAAGCUUUGUAUAUUCUUCUCGCGUCUAGGAUGGUAGAUAUGAGUUUUGCCGACAGAGCACAUUCGCCUCCGCGUCUUUAUCGCACACCACUCGGCUACGCGAUUGUUGGAUGCUGGGAUAGACUAGGUAGGAGUGUGGAACACCUCGACAAGCAAUUAAUUGAGGAGUUAUUGGAUGUUGGCUUUGAUACAAAUAUCAUUACGAGCAACAAUGUGCUCUCAAAUCAUUGACGAACUCCCAUUUUAGAUGCUAUCAGGACAGGGAGGGUAGAAAUGGUCGAACUCCUCCUUCAACAUGGGGCAAGAAUGAUCGAACUAGCACGCUUUUGCAUCCAAAGGACGCCUCUCCAGAAAUUUGUCGAAGGUGGCAUGUAAGAAGUACUA